AUGCAAGCUGCCUUAGACGAGGUGGAAAAACCGGCUAAGCGAGGAAAGAAAGUUGUUGAUAAGAAAAAAGCAACCGAAGAGCCCUCUUCUAAACCCUCUAAGUCAAAGAAAAGAAAAGCUGACAAGGGUGAUGAUGACGAAGGGCAACAUAAAGGUUCACCUAGGGGUAAUACACCUCCUCGGUCUCCAACUCCUGUGGAUCUUGCUAAUGAUUAUGUUCCAACACCCCCUCCAUCUCCACCCAAGACAACCGUUCAGGUCACCGUUUCUCCUCCACCCCCAUCUUUAACACCACUAGUUUCCACUAUUGCUCCACCACCACCUGUCAUUUCUACUCCAAUCACUACCACCCCAUUACCACCACAUAUUUUCUCCAAUGCAACAUUUACCUCUACACCUAUCAUCACUUCAACCAUAUAUUCUUCUGUCAACGUCAACACAUCUGAUGUGGGGGCGCAGACUGAAGAACCUACAAAAUUCACCACAGAGCCUCUUUCACCAAAUCCUUCUAGUGAUUCUAAUCCAGUUCUUGGAGGAUCUGAUUUUGAAUUUGAUUCUACAUACUACAGUCCCUACUAA